GCAGUAUGCUGCAGAUUUCACCCAAAGCAUCAACUCAACAAGAACCACUUUCAUUUCUUCAUUCUUUUGAGAGGAGGAGGAAGAGAGAGAAACGACAACAAGUCAUAUUUUCCUUUUAGUCCCUUCUUAUUUCUUUGACAUAUGCUUCUGUUCUUACUUCCUUAGCUAAUAUUUGUUUUGCGAAUUAAAUCCAGUAAGAGGCGCUGGUUAGCCGUUCCGCUCAGACCAAACCUCUCCAUUUAUCCCACUUUCCCCUUCUGUGUUAGCUAGCUAGCUAACUUACUCUCCCUCCAUCCGCACGCCGACAUGCCGGAGUACCUGGACGACCCGUCUGUUCUCACCAAGGACAAGCUGAAGAGCGAGCUGCUGGCCCACAACGUAGAGCUUCCGAGCGGCAACCCGACCAAGGACGUGUAUGUGCAGCUUUAUCUGAAGAACCUGACCGCUAACAACAAGAAACAUGUCACGGCCACGACUCUCGAUGCCUUUUCUAGCGACGAGGAGCUGCCGCCGCCCGUAGUCUCCAGCAGAAGUCGCUCCUCCGGCAGAAAAGCCACAAGGAAAACAGACAAGGUUCGGCCGGACGAGUUGGAUGUCACCGUGCUGACCGAUGCAGGCCUGAAGGAUGAGCUGCUCAAACACGGAGUGGACGCAGGGCCGAUCGUGGCAUCCACCCGUAAAGUAUAUGAGAAGAAAUUGCAAAGGCUGCUGGAUGAGGGUCCUACACAGCUGUUGCUGCCAAAGCUGGUUCUCACAGAGAUGCAAGUCAACCACAACCACAAUGGCAACUCUGAAUCAGACCUGUACAGUGACAAGGAGGACGAAGUGACACCAGAGCCUGUGGCAGAACCUGUGGCCGAACCUGAGCCAGUUCCAGUGGUGGAGAGACCGGUGAGGAGCAGAGGGAAGACGCCCGUCACCACCCGUACCCGAAGCAGUCAGCACCACAUGAUAGUGGCUGAGGAUCUCAGGCCUGUGUUGACAGAUCAGGUCCAGUUGAAAUCUAACAAGAGGGUUCACCACAGACUGGACAGUCCAGCUCGGGCUGAACCUCCCUCCACCUCAUCUAGACCUUCUCAGCUCCAAGAGGAAGAACUGGGGCUGCGUCUUCCCAGACCCAGCAAGGAUUCAUUCCACAAGCCAGUUGCUCUGCUAAACACUGCUCUGUUAGAGGUGGAGAAGAUUGCAGCCGGCGACCAAGCCCCGAAAGUGCAGGAGAAUGACGUUCUAAAGGAGCUCUUCCCCAAUGACAUCAGUAGUCCAACAGGAAUCACCGCCACCUGUCGACGACCCAUUAAAGGAGCCGCCGGUCGCCCAGUGAAGUCCAGUGAUCUGUGGAAUGAUGAAAACUGCCUCUUCUCUCCAAAAACCACCAAGACAACCAGCUCUUCCUCCUCCUACACAGAGAGCUGCACUGUGAACAGAGUCACCAGCCUGCCCCCAUCCAACUCCUCCUCCAGGCUUCUGUCUGCAGCUCCCCCUGCAGGUCCGACCAAGGCAGCGCCCCGCAGUGUGUCUCUGUGGAUAAAGCUGUUCCUGCUGGCCGUUGUGGCUGCUUUCCUGUUCUUGGUUUACCAAGCCAUGGAGACCGACAGCAUCAGCCCUUUUGGAGGCCAAGACACAGAAGUGACCAGUGACAGCACAGCGUAGAGAGCACAGGAAGGGCCUGAGGGGGGAAUAGAAAUCUGUCUACUUCUAUUUUUUUCAAGUGUGAAUCUGCGUUGUAGCCAUUUUAUUCAUGGCCGCUGUGAAAUUACCUGACAUCUUCGCCGUUUUUUCCUCAAGAUUGUCUUUUCUUUUUUCCUUUUAUUUCUAAAUCAAUUGACAGUGAAUCCCUUUAAGAGAAGCGACGUAGCCCUUUCAUCGACACUUCAAGGAUCUCCAUAUCAUGUUGUGAAAGGACAGUACCUCCUGUGCUGUUGUUGUUUUGGUCCAUUCUUGAUCUUUGACUAAUAGUCUGUGAGGUUAUGACAAAGCCAGCCACACACAGUAGCUUUCUUAAAAAUAUGUGGACUCACCUUUUAUUAUCAUGUUCAUUUUGUGUGUGUGUGUGUGUGUGUGUGUGUGUGUGUGUGUGUGUGUUUGUGAGAGAGAGAGAUUCUUUUCACACCAUGCCUUAGUGUCUGUCUCUGUCUGUUAACAGCCUUGAACCUGUAUUUUUGUUUUGAACCUUACUUGACCAUCUUUGUUAAUGAGACAGGGAGGCUUGUUAUUAUAAUCCAAAUACUUCUAAAUCUUCUUAAACGCUACACCAAUAUUUUCUUAAUGUUCUCUUGUAAUAAAUUGAAUGUCCCUGUUUAUUCUACUUAAUUAUGUAUUCACUGUCACAAAUAUUGAAAAUCCACUCAAUAAACUAUAAUGUUGUUA